AUGUACUUUUAUUUCAAUAGUUCAAUGUUCUUACAUUAUACUUAUGUGGUAAUAGUUACUAUUAUUUCUUUUGAUUCGAUAUAAUAUUACACCAAUAUAGAGUCAAACUAAAUUUAAGUAUUAGCAUAAAUAAGUGUGCAUAGCAUAAAUAACUUGCAUAUCAUCGCUUUUCGGCUACGUGCCGUGAAUCUCAAAACCCUUCUCUCAUCAAACUCUAUCUUCCUCUGCCAUUUUUCUGCAUCAACAAAAUCCAUACACACUCAAAAAUGAAGCCCAUGAACACAAGCUCAUCAUCACCCCUCUCCACCAACCUCUCAACCUUCACAAAGAUCAUAUCUUUCUCACUCCUCUCCUUCUCUGUCUUCGUUGUAUUCAAAUGCUUCUCUGCAUACACCAUUCCCACACCCCAGAACCAACAGCUCUCCUUCUCCAACACCAAUCCAGCUGCUGAAACCACCCCUUUAGCGCCAUCUCCUCCUGUGACGCAGAGGCCGGUGCUGGAGAGAACAGGGAUCAUAAAUGAGCUGGGAACGAUGACGGAGGAUUUCCUAGUUGGGGAAUUCGAUGAAGGGCUGAUAGAGAGCAUAGUGGUGGUUUCCAACACCAGUGAUGAGAGGGGGGAGAGAAAAGUAGUUAGAGUUGAGAAAUUUAGUAUUUGUGAGAUGAAUAUGAAUGAUUAUGCUCCUGGUUUGGACGAUGUGGAUAGUGAUUUCCAACUUAAUUUGUCUGAGAAGGGGAAAGGAUUGGAUUGUUUGGUGCCGAGGCCUAAAGGAUACAAGCUUCACAUUCCAUGGCCGAAAAGCAGGGAUGAGGUCUGGUUCGACAACAUACCUCAUACGCUUGUGGAUAGGGUGAACAAAGAUCCAGUGUUGAGAAAAGAUGACAAGCUUGUAUUUCCAGGAGAUGGGCCUCAAUUUAUCCGUGGCACGAACAAAUACUUGGAUCAGAUAUCCAAGAUGGUUCCUGAGAUUGCAUUUGGCCGUCAUACACGAGUUGCUUUGGAUAUCAGCUCUGGACUUGCGAGUUUUGGGGCCUACCUACUGGAACGGAAUGUAACAACUCUUUCAAUAGCUCCAAGAGAUGUUCAUCAUAACCAGAUCGAACUUGCAUUAGAGAGAGGCGUACCUGCCAUGAUAGCUACAUUUGGAAGGCACCGGUUGCCUUACCCAAGCCAAGCAUUCGACCUGGUUCAUUGCUCUAGGUGUGGAGUUAAUUGGACUGUUGAUGGUGGGAUUUUGCUACUUGAGGCGAAUCGCCUACUUAGAGGGGGAGGAUACUUCGUGUGGGAAGCAGAGCCCGUUUACAAGUCUGAGAACGAACUUGGGGAGCAGUGGAGAGCAAUGGAGGAUCUCACCAGCAACAUUUGUUGGGAACUAGUCAAUAAGGAAGAGUAUAUCGCCAUUUGGCAGAAGCCUCUAAACAAUAGUAGCUACCUCAAUCGAGAACCUAAUGCACAGCCAUCGCUAUGUAGCAGUGAUGACAAUCCAGAAGAUAUAUGGUACGCGGAGGUGAAGGCUUGCAUCACGCGCUUGCCUGAAAAUGGCUAUGGAACUAAUACUUCUGACUGGCCUGCCCGCCUCCACAGCCCACCAGACAGGCUAUUCACCAUACAAAUGGAUGCUGAGAAAUCUAGGAAGGAACUCUACAAAGCAGAUUCAAAAUAUACGAAUGAAAUCGUAAGAGGAUAUGUUGGUGCUUUUCACCUCAAUCAGAUGAAUCUGCGGAACGUCAUGGACAUGAAAGCUGGAUAUGGAGGAUACGCAGCAGCUUUGGUGGAUUUCCAGUUCAGCAGCUGGGUCAUGAAUGUCGUCCCAGUUGGCGGUCCCAAUACGCUGCCUUUGAUAUACGACCGUGGUUUAAUAGGUGUAAUGCAUGACUGGUGUGAGCCGUUUGCCACAUAUCCAAGAACAUACGAUCUGCUGAAUGCAGUAGGCCUCUUCUCUGUAGAACAGAGGAGAUGUAACAUAACCAACAUAAUGCUGGAGAUGGACCGGAUCCUCAGACCAGGCGGGCGCGUUUACAUACGCGACACCACUGCUGUGAUCGAACAACUCGAAGAAAUCGCAAAGGCAGUAGGAUGGGUGCCCUUCAUGUUUGACUCCGGAGAGGGGCCACAUUCAAACUGGAAGCUUUUAGCUUGUGAGAAGCGGUUGUAAGAUAAACAC